GCAAUGGCACGAGAAUCAAAGGAGCUGGUGCCUCUUGAGGCGGGGAUUCCGCCUGAGUAUAGCUCGUCCGAAGAGAUAACCUGGCAGCCUGUUCACCCUCAUGGAUGGAGGCUGAUCAUCACCAUUCUUGGUAUGUUCAUCAGUCUUUACCUGGUCAAUCUCGAAGUCACCAUUGUCAGCACCUCCCUGGUCACGAUUACCGACGAUUUGGGGGGGUUCGACAAGACCAGCUGGAUUGUCACUGCGUAUCUGACCACGUUUACUGGCUUCAUUCCCUUCUGGACCCGAAUCAGCGAUCUAAUCGGCAGGAAGCGCACGAUCAACGCCGCCCUCUUCAUGUUUCUCGUCUUCUCGAUGGCCUGUGCAUUGGCUGAUAAUAUUAAUCAACUAAUCAUAUUCAGAGCUCUUCAAGGCGUUGGAGGCGCAGGCGUCUAUCCUCUCAGUAUCCUGUGCACCUACGAAGUUGGUCCCAAGGAAAAGAUCCCGAUCUAUGGAGGUCUCAUGUCGUUUGCGGUCGCACUUGCCUCUCUGACUGGUCCGAUCAUCGGUGGUGUGCUGGCCGACCGUGCUUUGUGGCGAUGGGUCUUCUACAUUAAUCUCCCCCCUGCGGCACUGACCAUCCUGAUGAUUGCCAUCGCGAUGCCCACGAACUUCGGAACGACUCCGCCUGGAUCCCUUCGCCUGCUGAAGCCCAACAUGACCUUGUUUCGACGGAUCGACGCCUUCGGAGUCUUCCUGCUGCUCGCUGCCUCUCUCCUCCUGAUCACCAUCUUGAACGAGACCUUCAUCGAAUUCGCAUGGAACUCCACUACUGCAAUCGUCCUACUGUCUGUCUCCGGUGCUUUGUGGGUGGCUUUCUUCAUCUGGGAAUGGUUCAUCAUCGCCAGAUGGCAAGGCUACCAUCCCAUAUUCCCCAAGCGGUUCCUAUCCAACAGAGCCUGGAUCGGAAUAACCACCUUCGUCAGUGCCUGCCCCUGGAACGUCGUGAUCGUAUACCUCUCCCAGCGCUUCAUCGUGCUCUCGCAGCUCUCCCCCCUGCAAGCCGGCAUCCACCUGAUCCCGUACUCCGCCGUCUCGACCGUCGCCACAGCCAUCGCCAACCUCGCCUGCCUGAAGGGCCGCAUCCCCUUCGUCUACAUCGUCCUGUUCGGCUCCAUCCUGCACACCGUCGGCAUGGCGCUUCUCUCGACCAUCUCGCCGCAGGGCGUCUUCCCCGCAGCCGGAUACGGCUACGAGGCUGUCGCGGGCGCCGGCGUGGGUAUUACGAUCGGGAAUCUCCUUCUCGCUGUUCCGUAUGUCGUGAAUGCGAAUGAUCUGUCAACCGCAACCGGCGCGCUCAAUCAAUGCCGCUUCCUCGGCGGCGCCGUGGGCCUCUCCAUCGCAAGCAACAUCCUCAACGGCCGACUGAAGAACCUCCUCUCUGAUGUUCUUCCUUCCGACCAGCUGGCGAUGUUGCUGCGCAGCGCGAGCUCGAUCGCUCACCUGCCAGAGGGGAUCCGGGCGUUCACGAGGGACGUCUUCGCGGGGAGCUAUACACUCCAGAUGCAGGUGAUGAUUGGAUUCGCAGCGGUGCAGGUUCUGGCCACGCUGUUGAUGAUUCGGAGGGGAAGGCAGUUUGUUGCGAGUGCGGAGGGGAGGUGAGCUCGUUGAGAACUGUUUAG